CCUAGUUGGAGAAGCGAAGGCGGAGAUGAUGUCACUGGAGCGACUCUCCUGGAAGUGUGAUGUGGCUGAGAGGGGAUCACCAUGUCUGCCAUAUUUAACUUCCAAAGCCUGUUGACGGUGAUCCUACUGCUAAUAUGCACGUGUGCGUAUAUCCGAGCCAUGUUUCCCAAUCUUCUGGAUAAAAACAAAACUGGAAUACUGGGAAUUUUUUGGAAGUGUGCAAGGAUUGGUGAAAGGAAAAGUCCAUAUGUGGCCGUCUGCUGUGUGGUGAUGGCUUUCAGCAUACUCUUCAUGCAGUAAUCUGCCAACGAUUCCAGCGAGCUCCAUUUGUUUUCCUUGUGGAUUAAAUAUCUUUGUGAUGGUUAAUAUGUGCAUAAGUCAUUUCUUUGAUACACAAAGUACCGGGCUUCAUGUGAUGGUUCCAAGAUGGGUCGAGGAAUAUCUAGGAUGUUUAAAAUCAGAAAACAAGUUGGACAUCGCCAAUAUUUUUGUUUUUUAAAAUGUCAUUUUAUUUUGAAAGUGAUAUUUAUGUUGAAUGAAAAUCGACCUUUUUGAAAAGUUCCAGUUAAAUGUUUCAAAUGCUACAAUAAAAAAAGAUUGUUUUUC